AUGGGGAAGAGUUGGCCGAUGUCGCCGAACCCUGAUGAAGGUCCACAAUCUUGGCCAAUCGUCAACAAGGGCUUGCAAGUCAUUGCUCAGAUUUGGGGCGAGGGUCACCAGCAUGGGCAGCCGGGCCAAGGGCCGUCGUUGGCUAGGCUAGGCCAUUGCCACCGGUCGACCGGGGUCGCCAACUUUUGGCUAGGGCCUACUUGUGCUGCUACCAAGAAGAACUUAGAUGGUUACUAUAUUCCGAAGCUGAGCGUAUUCCACCCAACGUUUAUUCAAGAUCCUACAUGGGCGGUUCAAACUUCCAUCUCGUCAAAAGACUUCCGAACUUUCUUUUACAAUCAAACCCUCGAUCAUUUUAAUUACAGGCCGGAAAGUUACACCACUUUCAAACAAAGAUAUAUUAUCAAUUCCAAAUACUGGGGUGGCGCAAAUGCAAGUGCCCCGAUCUUCGCUUUUCUCGGUGAUGAAGAACCCAUUGACAGCGGCACGACCGGUGCUGGGUUCAUGACGGAUAACGCGGCUGAGUUUAAAGCGCUUUUGGUCUAUAUACAUCGUUUUUAUGGUGAAUCAAUUCCAUAUGGGUGGACACUCGAUAAAGCACUAAAAGACGCUAAUACUCGCGGAUAUUUCAGCUCGGCGCAAGCACUUGCCGAUUACGCGGAAAUCCUUUUAUAUUUGAAACAGAAAUUGAAUGCCAAACAUUCUCCGAUAAUUGUCAGUGGAGGAUCAUACGGGGGAAUGCUAGCUGCAUGGCUUCGAUUGAAGUACCCUCAUGUGGCGCUCGGAGCAUUGGCAUCAUCUGCUCCAAUUCUCGCCUUUCCGGACAUCAUGCCUCGGGAUACAUUCUAUUCAGGAGUUGCAAAAGAUUUUUUGUUUUCUUGCCACCAAACCAUUAGAAGAUCCUGGGAGGAAAUUGAUAGAGUCGCUUCUGAGCCUCAUGGUCUCGCAAAAUUGAGCAAAACUUUCAAAACUUGCGGGUGCAUGGAUGAUGGAAUUGGGAUCAUACAUCAAAUUGUAUUUUAG